CUGAAGGUCUCCAUUGAGGCCGCCACCGCUCCCGCGCCCGAGUGGUCCGCUGCACAGCUGGCGGGCCUGACGCCAGAUGCGGAUGGAGUGCUGGCCCGCCGGGUCUCCGCCCUCCCUGGCGUCGCCGAGGAGAGCGGCGGCGGCGCCGAGCGGGCCCAGGAGGAGGAGCAGACUGUGCUCGCCAAGCACCACGUCCGCGAGAAGGGGCAGCGGUGCGCCCUCCCCGGCGCGCUGCUGUGGCAGGUCAGCGCUGGCAGGCGGGGUGCCUUCCGCCUGAGCUUGUCGCCCUCCGGUCGUCUGCUGGCUGCUGCAGUCGCGCGUCACGGAGGAGCUUUCGAAUUAAGGACGUUCCACAUGGCCACCGGCCGCCAGCACGCUGUUGGCACGACCUUGCACGACACCCUUGUGUACGACCUGUGCUGGCACACCUUCGAGGGCGCUGCGUCGCAGACCAGCCAUCGAGUUUGUCACCCCCUGCUCAUCAGCUGCAGCAGCGACUGCACCGUUCAGAUCUACGAGGUUCCAGAAGAUUCUGGGGUAGCCCCGCGCUCGAUCAGGCUCUGGGCCCUGCUCCGCUCACCGCCGGGAUCCUCGCGUGCCCUGCCAGGGCGCGAAAGAGUUGCUGUGUGUUUUUCUCGGCAUGUCACGUUCCCGGCCCGUCCGGCGGCGGCGCGCCUUGGGGGGGGGAGCGCGAAGGGGUUGGCUCUCUCAGAAGGCGGCGGGGCUUCGCAGAAGCGCUCGCGCCCUCCGAAAAGUCCUG